AUGCAGGGCAGGCACCUGGACCCAUCUGUCCUGGCGUCAUUCCAGAAUAUUCUCGACUCUGGUUACCUGCUGCAAAAAGCAAAUGAGGCGAAAGAGGAGACUGGGAAUGAGGAGCGCAGCAUUGUCCCUCUGUGGAUAAGGAUGGCAGCUCCAGACGCCCUCUCCCCUGAGCCUGUAGCACUGUACUUGCACCGUUGGGAGGAGGGCGACCUCAUUUUCAGGGUGAGAGGCAGGCUGGUGUCCACGCCCUUUCAGAAAUACACGCAGUUGGACAAAAUGGGACAAAAUGAAGAAGAAUAG